GCAACCACGUCCGCGCCCGGUCCGCCUCCGUUACGUAACGCUAUUUACUCCGACAUCUGUUGAGUGCGACACAGCUCGCGGCACGCUUGCUCACGCUGACCAUCGCGCACAGCCAUGACCCCCAUCCGUGCCCCGUCGGCCCGGACCGACCACCGGCCCCCAUACACGCACCCGUUCGGCGAUACCUAAACAUGUAGACGCGAUCACUGACGACUGCCAUCCAUCCUGCCAAUAUUUAAAUAAGUAUAGGAUUAAGUAGUGCUUUUGCUUGUGUGGACCCUGUGAAUGUAAGAGAACAAGACUGAAGGGGACAUCCCCGAAACGAAACUUUGAAAAGCGAAAUUGCUGAUAUACAAUUGCUACGCUUUCACUGCCGCCUAAGCCUUCCACUACGUGAUAAGUUGUUUGAUACAGUAGCCGUAAGAGCCCCGGGGCUGAUGGGUUUUUUUCAGGCAGGACAAUACGUGACUUUGAGUUCGGUGACGGGUCCUCGGCAAAAUUCGCGACAACAUAAGUUCGUGGGUACUGUGGUGGCGUCAACGCCAUCUUCGGAUGGGCGCACCGCAGACCCCAAAACAUAUUGAAGAUGAUGAGUUCGUACCUCGAGUGGCGGUAGUUGAUGAGUUGCGAGAGUCCCAACAAGAGCGCAAGCUGGAGCGACGACGGGGGGCCAGCGGCCCGCGCCGGCGUGGCCUCGAAAACGAACUUGAGGGCGAGCGGCGGAGACCACGCCGCAAGCCACGGAAAAGGUCGCUGCCGAAGCUGUGCAGUCAAGAAGAAGAACAGGGGCGUCCGCCUCAAGGCGGCGUGGUCACGUUUGAGCCGAUACAGCAUGACCACGACUUCUGCGAGAGAGUCGUGAUCAAUGUAAGCGGUCUCAAAUUUGAAACUCAACUAAGAACACUGAACCAAUUCCCGGAAACACUACUGGGGGAUCCCUCCAGAAGGAUCAGAUACUUCGAUCCACUCAGAAACGAGUACUUUUUUGACCGAAACCGGCCGUCCUUCGACGCCAUCCUGUAUUACUACCAGAGCGGCGGGCGUCUCCGGCGCCCGGUCAACGUACCAUUGGACGUAUUCUCCGAGGAGAUCAAAUUCUACGAACUGGGGGAACAAGCUACCAACAAGUUCCGUGAGGAUGAGGGCUUCAUAAAGGAGGAAGAGAAACCCCUGCCCUCCAACGAGCGCCAGCGCAAAAUCUGGCUGCUCUUCGAAUACCCUGAGAGCUCCCAGGCCGCCCGCGUUGUAGCCAUCAUAUCCGUUUUUGUCAUCCUCCUCUCUAUCGUCAUCUUCUGCCUGGAGACCCUUCCCGAAUUCAAACACUACAAAGUCUUCAACACCACCACCAACGGCACUAAGAUCGAAGAAGACGAAGUCCCGGACAUCACCGACCCAUUCUUCCUCAUAGAGACCCUCUGCAUCAUCUGGUUUACGUUCGAAUUGAUAGUCCGGUUCCUGGCCUGCCCUAAUAAGUUUAAUUUCUUUAGGGACGUGAUGAAUAUAAUAGACAUCAUUGCUAUUAUACCAUACUUCAUCACACUGGCCACCGUCGUUGCGGAAGAGGAAGAUACACUCAACCUUCCCAGAGCUCCUGUUUCGCCUCAAGAUAAGUCAACGAAUCAAGCCAUGAGUCUCGCCAUACUUCGGGUGAUACGUUUGGUGCGCGUAUUCAGAAUCUUCAAGCUGUCGCGGCACUCGAAGGGUCUGCAGAUUCUUGGUCGAACGCUAAAGGCAUCAAUGCGAGAGCUGGGGCUUUUAAUAUUUUUCCUCUUCAUUGGUGUGGUGCUGUUUUCAUCUGCGGUGUACUUCGCGGAAGCUGGAAGUGAGAACAGCUUCUUCAAAUCCAUACCUGAUGCGUUUUGGUGGGCGGUCGUGACCAUGACGACCGUAGGAUACGGAGACAUGACGCCUGUCGGCGUGUGGGGUAAGAUCGUGGGCUCGCUUUGUGCGAUCGCCGGUGUGCUCACUAUUGCCCUGCCCGUACCAGUCAUCGUGUCCAACUUCAACUACUUCUACCAUCGAGAGACGGAUCAGGAGGAGAUGCAGUCUCAGAACUUCAAUCACGUGACCAGCUGUCCUUACCUGCCGGGCACAAUGGGAGAACCAUACUUGAUUUCAGGACCGAUAAAGAAAUCAUCAGUGAGCGAUGACUCGUCGUCUGAUAUGAUGGAGUUGGAUGAUUCCGCUCUGUUAUCCGACCCUCAGCUGGAGAGCAAUCUAAAGCGUCUGCGGGAAGAAGAAAGGCUCCUGUUGGAGCAGCAGGCUGCUUUAGAGGCUGCGGGCAACGUGGACGAUAUAGCCGCCCUCGAAACUCAAGACUUGCUUCGACUUAAUCACCUCAAACAGCUCGAGGUGCAGAAGCAGCAGGCGAUAAUCCAGCAGCGCCAGGCCAGAGCCAGCCAGGAGGAGGCUCGGCCCCGCGCCACCUGCAACGUCCGCGUCAACCAGCUCCACGCAGCGGUAGGCGCCGACGCCAUAGAGACUGAUGUCUGACCAACGGUCACUGUAGACAUACAUCAAACUCCGGGAAGUUUCCGAGCCGUAAGGCGGGAGGUGUGCAAUGCGUGUGGCGCGGCCGUCUGCCCGCGCGCUCGCCGCCCGCCUGCCACGUCUGAAGCGCCCGGACUCGAGCCGACACACAGAACAGAACUUUACUAUGAAACCGCCCUGUGAACGUUCAGUAGGUGCUUCUAUUCCAAAGCUAGUUAGUAAUUAGGUAUCAAUUUUCAACGACCUAAACUCUUUUACUAAGCUUGUACUGUGAGCGCGAUCGCCUUGGCCCUUGUAAAUAUACAGACAGCCUGCUUUACUACCGCUUCGUACACUUUACACAUUUUGACACGUAAUUAGAAUUGUUCUUCUGAAAAUAUGUUAACAAAAUAGGCCUAUAGAUACUGUACUUCGGGGAAUGUUCUCGAAACUCACGGACGCUACACACACGGACUUACACUACCGGAGAUGCGACUCCGACCCGCCAGGCGCCGACGAGUCGACCGAAUACCGAUCCUCCCGAACGAGACGAGCGGGAGCCGUCGCCCGGGCGACGGGAACUUCGACCGGAAUCAACCGGUGCCACGAGCGGCGAUAGAGCGGAAUAGCUACAAGUGGAACGCGAUAGGACCUAGCGUAGCUUAGUCAGUCAGCAGAGUAGGUUUACGGGUCAUUAGAAUUGGUGAAAUCCGGUGAUUCCCUGGAUACGACGAGUCUAGGACGAAGCGCGCCUCGCGCGGUCAGGUUUUAGGUAUAAGUUAUUUAUGUUGUAUGUCGUGGAUAUUCAGUGUUAUAACAGUGUACUCGGCCGUGCCCGCCCCGCCGGUGUCAUCGUUGUACUAGCCUCGGAUAUCUCUACCCUAUACUAUAUUUUUAUAUUCCAUUUAUUUAAGAUAAGUUGGUGCGAGUGACCGGUGAUGGAACAUUCCUUAGUUGGUUAAGUUACCAGAGUAUAUUUAUAUUAAGUAUUUUUAAUAUCGCAGAAAUUUGUGUAUAAGGUUGUAAAGUUAGACAUAUCCGUUGGAAAUUAUUUAAUCAAUUGUUUAUAGCUUUAACUGAUUAGUUGUAGUUAAGUACUUUAUGAUAAUUCU